AGCAACAGACAAGUGUACAGGAGAGAGGGGAAGUAACAGGGCAUCAAGAGAAAGGGACUGAUGAUGACAGAAACAGAAGUAGAAAAAUUCAAAUGAGAAGAUUUUAUAGUGGAAAAACUUAGUAAGAGAUUCUGCAUAAAAGAUAUUAAUAGGAGGAAUGAGACAAAAAUAUGCAAGAAAAGGUAAAAAGGACCAGUGAAAGUGUAGUUAGGGUUUAAUCAGAAGCAGUGUGAGCUGCAUGGGAAGAGAGGGUGGGAGACAGGUAAGAGAGAUUUAGAGGGAGGGGAGAAAAAAGUAAAGAAAAUUGAAGAAAGAAGGAACGACUACAGUGAACAAGACAGGCAAAUGCUGCCGACAACCUUGGAACCCUGCUGAAGCACUAGCUGUCUGGACCCUACCAUGCCCAUCUCCUGUGAGAAUGCCACGAGAGUACAUGAGAAUAGCCACCCUGCAAUCAGCACCCUGAUGUUUGCUGCUGGGGUGGUGGGCAAUCUUUUAGCUCUGGGCAUUCUAGGUGUGCAUCGGAGAGAAAGGAGAGCCCGUGCAUCACCAUUCUGGGUUCUAGUGACUGGUCUGGCAGUGACAGACCUCCUGGGCACUUGUAUACUAAGCCCUGUAGUCUUUGUUUCUUAUGCUCAACAGUCAUCCAUCCUGGCACUGGGCGCAGCACCUCUUUGCCAUCUCUUUGCUUUUGCCAUGACCUUCUUCAGCUUAGCUUCUAUGAUGCUCCUCUUUUGUAUGGCACUGGAGCGGUGCCUGGCAAUCAGUCAUCCCUACAUGUAUUCUCAACAUGCCUGGGGACACCGUCUGGCCCAUGCUGCCAUUCCUGUUUCCUAUGUUCUGGGAGCCCUACUCUGUGCUCUGCCUCUGGUCGGAGUAGGGGAACAUAAACAGUAUUGCCCAGGCACUUGGUGUUUCAUCAGAAUGACAGUACCAGGAGACAGGGAGAGUGGAGCACUAGCCUUUUCCUUGCUUUAUGCCAGUCUUACUGGGCUUCUCAUUGUGGCCAUAGUUAUUUGCAAUACCUCAGUGACUGCCAGCCUUUGUCAAAUGCGGAAAGGACAGAAGGCGCGAAGAGGCUCCUUGCGCAGAUGUGGUGCUCGUGGCUGGCUUCUGGGAGCAGGAGAGGAGGAGUUGGAACAUUUAAUCCUCUUGGCACUGAUGACCGUUAUUUUCAUGGUGUGCUCUGUACCCUUAACUCUGCGUGCUUUUCUAGGUGCACUUUAUGAAGAUGAUAAUGAAUCAGGAGAUCUACUGGCAUUUAGAUUCAGUGCCCUCAACCCCAUCCUAGACCCAUGGAUCUUCAUUAUCUUCCGAGGAUCUGUAUUCAGGAAGCUCCGUUCUUUGCUUUGCUCUGGAUGGAGCCACACUAACAAACCAACAUGUGUCACUAGUUUCCUGGAACCUUCCAGCCCAGGAUUCAUACCGAGAUCACCGGAAUUGGUGCCGGUGGGCGACACACACUGUGCGGGGAAUGUUCCAAGAGAUUCUGAAAGAGAAGGCAUGGUUGAACGAGAGGCUGCUUUACUUCCUCCACCACAAUAAGAUUUCAUACGUGUGCAACAGACUGCAGUUGGCAAGAGAACUGAAACAAAAGUCAAACUUUUACCUAAAGGGGAAGCCGUGGUGAAGGACACAGACUAAGAUGUUCUUAAUAUGCAAAAAAGGACUCUCAUAUACAUUGAGGGAACAUUUUAAAGUCAAUGCCCUUUUUAACCCAGACAAAGACUUCAUCAAAGAGGUUGUAAUUUAAAGCUUUUGGGUCUCAAAAAGGAGAUCCCUGAGUAAACCAGGACACAUGCAACCCCUUUAUCAAUCAGACCAGUCACCUUAACACAUUUUUGGUUCAAGCCACCCUUUUGAGUCUAAUACUUGGUCAAAGACGUACAAAAUUACUGGUCCCAGCGCAUAGAUUCAAAUGUGGUAUCGCUGCAAAUUCCUAGGAGCCUGUGCCACACUCCCAAAGGUAUACGAUAAAGUCAGAAUUGAUGGAAUAAACAGCUUCAAAGCAGUAAUUUCAAACUGCAUGUGUUUUUAUUGUGCAGUGC